CCUUCCAGCCGGAGCAGCGGCAGCAGAGUGUGUGUGUGUUUCCGGGCGGUUUCGUUCAGUUCUCGGCUUGUUUAGCUCCAAGGAUGCCGUAUGCGAACCAGCCGACGGUGAAAAUCACAGAACUGACGGACGAAAAUGUCAAGUUCGUCAUCGAGAACACGGAUUUGGCGGUCGCCAACUCGCUCCGUCGUGUCUUCAUGUCAGAAGUUCCCACAAUAGCCAUCGACUGGAUCCAGAUCGAUGCCAAUUCAUCGGUUUUGCACGAUGAGUUCAUCGCUCACAGAGUGGGCCUCAUACCGCUCACCAGCGAUGACAUUGUGGACAAAAUGCAGUAUUCCAGAGAUUGUACCUGUGAUGAUUUCUGUCCCGAGUGUUCGGUGGAGCUCACGUUGGACGUUCGGUGCACCGAGGACCAGACGCGACACGUCACGUCACGAGACCUGUUCUCCACCAACCCCAGAGUCAUCCCGGUGACUUCCAGGAACCGAGACAACGACCCCAAUGACUACGUUGAGCAGGACGACAUUCUGCUGGUGAAGCUCCGUAAAGGUCAGGAGCUCCGGCUCAGAGCGUACGCCAAGAAGGGCUUCGGUAAGGAACACGCCAAGUGGAACCCGACGGCGGGCGUGUCCUUCGAGUACGACCCAGACAACGCGCUGAGACACACGGUCUACCCACGACCUGAGGAGUGGCCCAAGAGUGAAUACUCAGAGAUUGAAGAGGACGAGGUUCAGGCUCCCUACGACCCCAACGGAAAGCCAGAAAGGUUCUAUUACAACGUGGAGUCGUGCGGCUCUCUCCGACCCGAGACCAUCGUCAUGUCGGCGCUCGCCGUCCUCAAGAAGAAGCUGAGCGACCUGCAGACGCAGCUGAGCCACGAGAUCCAGAGCGACGUCCUCACCAUCAACUGAAGAGCUCAGCACCGCUGUUCAUCUGCAUGCUGACCUCAGAUCUGUGUUCUGUCUGUAGCAUCUGUUAUCGGUGAACCUUUUUGAUUACUGUCUAAAGAUUAUCCACAACAAUGAACUCGGUUUCAUUUAUUUUUCAGUGUCUCCGGCAGCAAAGUGUAAAAUUCUAUCAGUGGUUGAAACUAAAGCUGUCUGCACGCGUCUGUAAUGCGAGGUCACUGUCUGACAGGAAGGUGGUUUGAUAUAAACUUGUUUUUUCUUUGCUGUCAGUGUAACACGUAAAACUGUUAAUUAUUAUGUUAAAUGCUCCUUUUUUAAAUAAAUCUGUUUUCAAGGAG